AUGGCUGUGUGUCUCGCUAUUGUGGAAGCUAGAGCAAUGCUUAUGCAACGCUUGCAAUACCAGUCAAAGCUUGAAACUGAACAGCUAGAUCAUCAUAAGGAUGAUCAUGGAGUUCAGUUACGAGAGGACACCUUGAAAGAUGGUACAAAAGCAUUCCCAUUCAUGCGACGGGAAGCAGCUUCUGUUAUGCCCAUAACAGAAAUUGAGAUUGAGAAGCAUCCUAUCCAUGUAACUGAAGUUGCAGCUGUGGACAAAUCGGUCAUCAAAGAGGAGCUGCCCAAGGAUCAUACUGAGACCUCAAAUAUUUUGCAAGAGGCCUUUGAUGAUGACAUAGACGAUUGGUUCGACGAGGAGGCUGAUCUUGCUGGCCACCCAACUAUCCACAUAGGUGACGAGGAAGACGUGUCUUUUAGUGACUUGGAAGAGGAUGACGUGAAAUGA